AAAAAAGAUGUAAAAUUUAUAAUAACAAUUGAUAAAAUGGCUGCUGCAAAUGCAGGUAAACAAACAUUAAGAUAUUUAUUGGGCCAAUGUAUGCCAUCAGUAAAAGAAAAUGCAGUGAAAAUAAGAAUUAAAAAAUUGGGACUUGAUGAACGACUUCUUAUGUAUUUCAAUGAAUAUGAAUUUGUUUAUGCACAUGAUCCAAAUAAAAUAUGCAAACCAGGUGAUGUUGUUUUGAUACAAAAUUUGCCAGAAAAAAUAACUCGUCUCAUCACUCACAAGGUUGUUGAAAUGGUUCAUCCUCUUGGAGACGUAACUUGUCCACUGACUAACAAGCCGGUUGUUGUUGGACAAUACAGAGAUGACAUUGAGCUGAUGGAAGAAGUACAUGGUCCAUCUGAAAAUCGUUUUGAGUAUAAAAAACAAUUACCAAGAGGAACUCAAGAAGACAAGAGAGAUUACUCUCACAGAGAGCCUUUUGUUAAGUACCACGAUGAUCCCAACGACCCCCAACCUCAUGCAAUUUAAUUCAAUAAUUAUUAAAACAACACCAAUGUUUCUUGUUACAAAAAAAUAAAAUCACUACUUCAAUUUAAUCAAAUAAAACAUUAUCCAAACUCUGCUUAAAUAAUUCCUGAAAAAUAUCAACGUUUGUUUUUU